AACUGUGAUGAUGAAAAUGAAAAAGAGCAAACUGAAGAAAGAGCAGCAAGCAGCAUGUCAGCCAAAUCAGUCCAGUCACACGUAUCUCAAAUAUCUAUAAAGUCUGCAAAGAGAGCACCAAGUGCUUUGUCAACUAAAUCAGCAAAGUCACAUGCUUCUACAAAAUAUGUCAAAUCAAAAGCUUCUGAAGCUCAGUCUGGCAAAGGUACUGGCACUCCUGAUGAAGGAGAUGAUGAAGAGGAAGUUCAAGAGAGAGCACAGAGUGCUACGUCAGCCAAAACUGCAAAGUCAACUAUUUCUGUCAAAUCUACAAAGUCAAAAGGACUUGGUGGUCCAGCUGAUGAAAAUAGAUCUGAUCAUGAGGAACAUGCAGAGAGAGCUCCAAGCAAUAUAUCAAUCAGAUCAGCAAAAUCAACAAAGUCUAAUGUUUCUGCAACAUCUGGAAGAUCGAAAAAUUCUGAAGUUCCCUUAGAAAACGGUGUUGACAAUCCUGAGGAAAGAGUUGUUGAAGGGGAGAGUGAAGGGAGAGUAAUGAGCUCAAUGUCAGCACAGUCUGUUCAAUCAACCAUUUCUGCAAGAUCAAACAAGUCAAAAUGUUCUGCUCAUGUUGCAGCGGAAGAAAGCUCUGAGAGUGCUGAUGAUAAAAAUGACAAACAGCAAACUGAAGAAAGAGCACCAAGUGCUUUGUCAGCUAAAUCAGCAAAGUCACAUGCUUCUACAAAUUCUACCAAAUCAAAAGCUUCCGAAGUUCAGUCUGGCAAAGGUACUGUCACUCCUGAUGAAGGAGAUGAUGAAGAGGAAGCUCAAGAGAGGGCACAGAGUGCUACGUCAGCUAAAACUUCAAAGUCAUCUAUUUCUUCAAAGUCUGCUAAGUCAACAGGACUUGAUAGUCCAGCUGAGGAAAAUAUAUCUGAUCAUGAGGAACAUGCAGAGAGAGCUCCGAGCAAUAUAUCAGUCAGAUCAGCAAAAUCAACAAAGUCAACUAUUUCAGCAGCAUCUAAGAAAUCAAAAGCUUCAGACAUUCCUACUGAUCACGUUGCUGAUUCUCCUGAAAAAGCAAAUGAAGAGGAGCUCGAUAAAAGCAGAUCAGUAAGUUCAAUGUCAGUCCAUUCAAACAAGUCAAAUGUUACUGAAAGAUCAAGUAUGUCAAAAUGUUCAGCUGAUGUUCCAGUUGAAGAAAGCAUUACCAGACCUAAGUCACAUGCUUCUACAGUAUCUAUGAAAUCAAAUGCUUCUAACGUUCCUCCUGAUACUAAUACUCCCAAGGGAAGCAAUGAUGAGGAAGACACCUUAGACAGAGCAGAGAGUGCAAUGACUGCAAAGUCAACUAUUUCUGCAAAAUCAAAUAUGUCAGAAGUCUUGGCUUCCCCAACUGAAGAAUGUGCUUGUGAUUCUCUGGAAAGAGCUUCAAGCAAUAUGUCAAUCAAAUCAGCAAAAUCAAAUGUUUCUGAAAUAUCUAAGAAAUCAAAAGACUCUGACAUCGCUUCUGAACACAGUAAUGAAAUCGCUGAUGCAGAGAAUGAAGGGAGAGUGAGCUCAAUAUCAGCUCAGUCAGUCAAGUCAAAUAUAUCUGCCAGAUCAAAAAAGUCCAAAUGUUCUGAUGUUCCAGCUGAAGAAAGCUCUGAGAGCCCCUCUGAAAAAAAUGGCAAAGAGCAAACUGAAGAAAGAGCAUCAAGCUGCAUUUCACUCAGAUCGGUUGAGUCUCAUGUUUCUGAAAGAUCUUUUAAGUCAAAAGCCUCUGGUGUUACGACUGAUGAUGUGGGUGAUCAUGAGGAAACUACAAAGAGAGCCCCUAGCACCUUUUCAGCUAAAUCAGCAAAGUCUCGUGCUUCAGCAAAAUCUUCAAAAUCAAAUGUUUCUUCUGUCCAAACUACUGGCAUUUGUGAUGAAGGGAAUGAUAAAGAGGAAACUCAAGAGAGAGCACAGAGUGCAAUGUCAGCCAAAUCCACACAGUCAGCCAUGUCGAUAAAACCAAGCAAGUUAAACGUUUGUGAUGUUCCUUCAGUAGAAAACAUGUCAAAUAAUGAGAACACUGUACAAAGACCACAAAGCACCCUGUCAGCUAAAUCAGCCAGAUCUUCCAAAUCAAGACAGUCAAAUAUUUCUGCAAAGUCUAGUAAGUCAAAACAAUCUAAUACUCAUGGGGAAGAGAAUCAUGAGGAGACUAUGGAGAGAUCACCAAGCAGUACUUCCAUCAAAUCAGCAAACUCAAGACAGUCAAAUGCUUCAGCAGUAUCAAAGAAAGCAAAAGCUGCUGAAGAUGGCACUAACAUUGUGAAUGAAAACACUGAAGACACAGAGGUGAGAGCAACAAGCUCAAUGUCUGCCAAAUCAGUGAAGUCAAAUGUCACAUCAAUAUCUACAAAAUCAAAAGCUUCUCACAAUCCUCAGAAUGUAAAUGGCGAAGAAGAUGGUGGAAAUGAAGAAAAUGUGGCUGACUGUGAGGAAACUAAAGAGAGAACACCAAGUGCUAUGUCAAUUAAAUCAUUAAAGUCCGAUUUGUCUUUGAGGUCAAUGAAAUCAAAAGUUUCGGAACAGACAGCUGAAACACAUACUGAAGAGGUAGAUCAAUCAGAGAGGACUUUAAGUGUUUUGUCAGUAAAGUCAAAUGCUUCUACAAGAACCAAGUCCAACAUAUCUGAAAUUACCCCUAGUGAAAGGACUGCACAAGAUGAAGAAAAUGAAGUAAGAGUGUGUAGUGCGAUGUCAACCAAAUCAGCAAAAUCAAAUAAUUCAACAAAAUUUAACAAAUUAAUAGCUUCUGAAAUUCCUACAAUAGAAGGUUCAGACACUCUUUAUGAAGGAAAUGCUCAAGAGAAAUCUAAGAGAGCUCCAAGUGCCAUGUCAGCAAAGUCAAAUAUGUCAGUAAGAUCAAAGAAAUCAAAAGUAUCUGAUGUUCCUGCUGACGUAAAUACCAGUGAAAAAGAAGAGAGAACACUUAGCCCUGUGUCUGCAAAAUCCAAUCGAUCUGAAAUGUUAAGGACAUCUGAAAUCCCUGCUCUGACAGUUGAGGAAAGUGAAGACAGAGCACCUACAACCAUGUCAUCAAGGUCUAAGGUUUCAUCACAUAAGUCAACAGCAUCUGGGGCUAAAAAAAAGAAAAGUGAAGGUCAGCCAAAAAGUUCUUUAUUUGUCAAGUCAAAUCAGUCUGUGAAAUCUCGGAAAUCCAAAGUAACUGAUAUUUUAACAGAUGAAUGUGUGGAAAAUAAAGAGGAAUCCAUUCACGUUCCUGCUGAGGAGAAGACCAGUGUUUCUCCAAUAACUGCAGGGGAAGUUGUGAAUUGUGUCUCAGAAACCUGCCAGAGUGCACAACAACCAAAAGAAAAUAAACGCCAUGUGAUUUGUCAUGCAGAGUCGAAUGAAAGUGAUUUAUCACAAACUCUGUCCAGCUCAGAUAUUGUCAAAGAGAUUGAGAUUUCAUCUGUGGGAGAAUCAAAAUCCAGUGUGUCUAAGAGGAUAACAAAUGGUCCACUGAAAACUAGGAGUGUUAAGGAUAACAAAAGUGACAAAAGCAGUAAAUGCAGAUACAAGAACACAAAUGCUGAUGACUUUAAGCUGGUUCCAUCCAGCCUUCCAAAUGCAUCCCCUACUGAGGUUGUGAAUGAAUGGCUGAAUUCAAUACCAGCAGAUGGUGAUAUGUAUGGCAUGGAGGAAUUUAAUGAAAACUGUGAUGGACAAAAACAAGUCCACACAACAGAGGAAAUGACCAGAAUCGAGGAUACUGGAAAUGAUGACUCUGCAGUUGAGAAUACAAAAGACACAAAUGAAGGAGUUAUGGUGAACAGUUUCCCUAAUGAUGACAUCCAAACAAGCACAGAGGCACCAAAUGCUGAUAAUAGUCCUACCUGUACUCAGAGAGAUGAUGCCGCAAAAAUAUUUAAUUCCUCCGUACAGGUGAUGAAAGUACUUUUAAAUCCAAAGCUCGACAGAUCUAACAGUUUACCAGAAAUUUCCCCAGUGUAUGGACGUAAACUAAGCACUUCAGCUAGAGGUCUUUUGGAUUGCCUUGUGAAGUUGCAGUUAAUAGACAAUAAUCCUAAAAAUGCAAAUGAAAAGGAUGCAAGAUACCAAGAGCUAAUGAACAUUCUUCAAUCUCUUUGGCUUUGCGAUCCUCCAGAAAAUGAACAUGUGUUUAAGAAGGGUGAUCACCAUUCUGUGGACGAUGAAUUCAUUCAUACUUCAUCCUCUGGUGUGGAUGUCAACAGUGGCUCCACGGGCUCUGGGAACAGUAGUGAUGGUGUGAAUGGUAAUGUGUCUCAUGCACAUACAAGUGCAGAAACGUUAAGGAAAAUACCAGAAGUCUGUGAAGGUGAAGCAGAUGCUGAAGCAGAAGCUAAAUUGACAUCUGAGAGAGAAGUAGAAGCAAUGUAUGAGGAAAAACAAAAGGAAGAUGAUCCAGAUCCAGAUGACACAAUUACAGGCAAUGAUAGUCCAAGAGAACUUCCUACAACACCACCCUCCUCAAACAAGAGUUCAAACAAGAGUUCAGAAAAUGACAACAAAAUAAUUUCUCAAGAUCCUGAUCCUGUUUGGGUCUUAAACUUAUUAACUAAAAUAGAAAAGCAGUUCAUGACGCAUUAUAUCAAUGCAAUGAGAGAGUUCAAAGUCAGAUGGAAGUUGGAUAAUAAUGAGCAGCUUGAUAUGAUGAUAGGUGAACUUAAAACUGAGAUCCACAAAAGAAUCCAAACAAGUAUAAACAGGGAACUGAGGCACAUUCAAUGUAAGGCGGGCCCACCACGACCUCCUAAAGAAGCGAUGUCCCGUGCUUCAACCACGCAAACAGAAGAGAGACGACAGAGGCUGAAGAUUAUGCUCAAACAAUCAAUUGAUCACCAAGCAGAAAAAAGUGAUUAUUCAGCAACAGAAACCUCCUACAGUGACCAGCGCAGUGAAAACGACGACGAAUUCUGUCCAUGUGAAACAUGCAUUCAGAAAAAAAUUACAUAUAGGCCGCCACUUCCUGCAGAAGUUAUGAAUACUGCACCUGUUGUCAUGGACUUUGACCUGAAGAGGAUUCUGUUGAUGAAGAACAGUGGUCCUUGCAAUACACAGACAGUCACCUGUACAUCUCACUCUGAAAAUAACACUGAAACAAAAGUGGCAGAAACACUUGUAGAAAGAGUUAUUUUCAAAGCUGUAAGAGAAAUGGAAGGGGAUGACGUACACCAUGAUGCUGAAGAUGACUUUGCAGUUGUAGAAGAUGAUGUGUGUCAAGAUGCAGGUCAAGAUGACGAGUCUGAAAACAAUGAAGCAGAAGAUGUACAUACCGUAUUGGCUGAACAGACUGUUGCUGAAGAAACAGUUAAUGUCUUUUCUGUAGAUAACAAUGAGGAAAUAAGCAAAACAGAAGAUGAAAUGACAGAUAAUGAGAGUGGAGACAUAGGCAUGGUUGAGGAUGAAUCCAUUGCAGAGGAUGCAUGCACAGCUGAACUGAUGAAUGCAGAGGAGGACGAUGUCACAGUCACAGCUGAGGAAUUGUCAAAGGAACCAGCUGAAGAAGCAGAAACUGAAGAUGAGAUUGAUGUAGAAAGAGAGAUUGCUGUGUAUGAGUUGAAGGAAGAGACUGCUGAAGCCACCACCGCUCAAGAUGAAAAUGCAGGAGAAGAGGAUGAUGUGGCAGCCACAACUGAAGAUGAAUCUGACAAAGACGACGCUGUGGAAGAAGGGACAGUGGAUGAGGAGGAGAUUGCUGCCACGAGUGCAGAUGAGUCUGCAGAUGAGAACGAUGCCACAGCUGAUGAAUCAUCAAAAGAACCAGCUGAAGUACCAACAACUGAAGAUGAGAUGGCUGUAGAGGAAGAGACUGCUGUCACAGACAAAGAUGAAUCAAAGGAUGAAAUUGCUGAAGAGGAAAUUGAAACAGAGGAGGCUGCUGUGUUAGCCACAACUGAAAAUGAAUCUGACAAAGAAGAAGCUGUGGACGCAGGGACGGUUGACGAUGGAGCAGAGACUGCUGCCACCAGUGAUGAUUCAGCUGAAGAUGCUAACACAAAUGAUGAUGAGACUGCAGAGGAGCAACCAGCUGAAGCAGCAACAGCUGAAGAGACUGCUACAAAAAAUGAAAGGGAUGUCUCAAGUGAAGAUGAAUUAAAGGAACAGACUGGUGAAGAUGAAAUUGAAGCAGAAGAGACUGCUGUGGCACCCACAACUGAAAAUGAAUCUGACAAUGAGGAAGCUGUGGAGGAAGAGUCAAAGGAAGAGCUUGCAGAAGCCACUAAAGCUGAAGAAAAUACUGCAGAAGAGUCUGAUGUGGCAGUCACGACUGAAGAUGAAUGUGACGAGGAUGAGGCUGCCAUGAACGAUAGAGAGGAAACUGCAGAUAAUGAUCAAGCAACAUCGGCUGAAGAUGAAAUCGCAGUGGAAAAAGAUGAUGUCACAAGUGAAGGUGAAGCUGAAGAUAACAAUGUAGCAGAACAGGCAGAUGUUGAAGCUACAACUGAUCAUGAAUCUGACAAAGAUGCAGCUGUGGAAGCCACCAAUGCAGAUGAGUCUGAGUCAGAGGUAAAGGACAGAGCUGACAAAGCAACAAGUGAAGAUGAGAUUGCUGAAGAGAAAGAAAAUGCCGUCACAAGUGAAGAUGAAAUGAAAGAAGAAGAAGAAGAAGAAGAAGAAGAAGAAGAAGAAGACGAAGACGAAGACGAAGAAAAAGAAGCAGAAGCUGGUGAUGCCACAACAGCUGAUGAGGAAAACGCAGAAGAUGUGGCAGACACAACUGAACAUGAAUCUGACAAAGAUGCAGCUGUGGAAGCCACCAGUGCAGAUGAGUCUGAGUCAGAGGUAAAGGAAACAGCUAACAAAGCAACAAGUGAAGAUGAAAUGGAGGAAGAAGCUGGCGAUGCCACGACAGCUGAUGAGGAAAAUGCAGCAGACACAACUGAACAUGAAUCUGAAAAAGAGGCUGUUACCACAGAUGAGGAUGACACCAAAGAGGAGGCUGCUGAGCUAGACACAGCCACAGAAAAAGAAAAUUCAGGUGAAGAGGAAAUCAUUAAAGCUGAUAAUGAAUCAAAAGAAGAGGAGGUGGAAGAAAACACAGAACUUGUGGAAAAGGAUGAUAAUGUAGAAGCUGAAUCUGAAUCUGCAAUAGAAGUAAGCUCCAAAGCUGUGACUGAAAAUGAAUCAGAGGAAGAGAGCGAUGAAUCAGCCACAGAUGAAAAUGAAUCAGUAAACAACGCAACAACAGACGCAAAUGAGACCGCAGGAGAAGAGGAUACUUCACAAGUUAUAAAUGAUGAAUCAGGAGAAACGCAUUCAGAAACCAAGGCUGAGAAUGAGACUGUCGAUGAAAGUGCAGGAGAAGAUGAAAAUGCAGAAGAGGAUAAAGUGGCUACAGAUGAAAAUGGGACUUUGAGUGAGGCAGAACGUAUCGAAGUCACAUCAGCUGAAACAAAAUCAUCUGCAGAAGGCAGUGCCGCUGAAGAUUCUGUUCAUGAAGAAGAAAAAGUUGAGGAAGACGAUAAUGAAUCUCACAAUAAGGAACUAGAAGAAGGUGAAACAACUGGCGAGGAAUCAGAACAGGCUGAAAAUGAAAAUUGCACAGGGGCCGAAACAACAGGAGAUGAGAUUGAAGAACGUGAAACAGCAGAAGAAGAAUCGGGAGAGGCUGAAAUGGCAGGGAAUGAGAUAACUGAAAGUGGCGCUGGCGAAGAAUGUGGAGCAGAUGGUGUAUCUGCAGGAGAGGAGGAUGGAGAGGCCCAAACAGGAAGGGAAGAAUGCACCGAUAACACAGAAGAUGAAUCUGAAGAUAACACACAGCAACUUGCAGACGGAGAAGAAAAAGGUGACAUGACUGAAGAGCAUCAAGAAGAUGCUAUAACUGAGACAAAUGAUGAAACAGAAGGCCCUGAUGAUGUGGUGGAGCUGAAGCCAGAUGAGGAGGAAAUAUUGGAAAACAACGACGAAAACAAACUAAUAAUGGAAGAUGUAGAUGAUAAUAAUGAUGAACAAGGAACAAAUUUAACACAAUGUGAAUGUAUUAACAUCCCAAAUGAAAGCCAUGAUAAUGACGAAGAUGUCGAAGCCUCCGAAAGAGAGGAGGAAACUGAGACAGCCAAUGAAGGAAACCAGGGAGAUUCAGCUGACGGAGAAGAUGAAGCAGAAGAAUAUUCAGACGAACCAGAGGAAGAAACUGAUUAUGGAGAGAAAGAUUUUGUUCCAAGCAAAACAGAUAAUCAAGAGGCAGCUAAAAGAGCAGCUGCAAAAACGACAUUAAUCCCACUUGAUACUUUGAUCCAAGUGAAUGCAGAAUCUGAGGAUGGCACUUAUGCUGAUGUUGAAGAUUCUGAGACUGACACAAACAGCCAAGAAGAAGUAACAAGCCUUGAGUUAAAGGCAUUGAAAAAUAUUUCAUCCUAAGUUGAAUGGGACUCUGCAAAGGCUUCAGGGACCUGAGUGAGAGUGUGAAGUCAUUUUAAGUCAUAAAGUCGGGUCUUCUAGAGGAGAUCUAACAAGAACUGUAAAUUGAUCUUGAUUAUUCUAAUUUCUAUCUUGAUUUUAAGAACUUGUUAAACAAGCAC